AUGAGCCACCAAAGAUACCCCUCCCACGACCCUCUAAAGGAGCCUCACUCCGUCUCCUUAAAAGUCCUCAGACUAUCCCGCCCAUCCCUCGUAAUCCAACACCCCAUCCGGCCGCCCCUGACGCCCUCAAACCUCCCCGCGGACCCGACCCCGGCCUCCCUCGCCUACGACACCACCGCCUCCACGAACCCCUCCCCCUUCCUCCUGUCGCCAAUCCUCAAUCUACCCCUGAGCUUCGGCUCCGCCUACGUCGGCGAAGUCUUCAGCUGCACCCUCUGCGCAAACCACGACGUCCCCGAGUCCGCAGCAGUGCCCGGAGGAGGAGGCGGGCCGCUCGGCGCCAGCGCCGGCGCAGCAGCAGCAGCCGCCCCGACGAAGCGCAAAAGCAUCCGCGACGUCCGAAUCGAAGCGGAAAUGAAGACCCCCGGCGCCAACUCGAUCCAGAAACUCGACCUCUCCCCGCCAGACUCCGCAGGCAACGGCAACGACGAGGACGACGGCAAGGGCACGGACCUGGAAGCCGGUGAGACCCUCCAGCGCAUCGUACACUUUGACCUCAAGGAGGAAGGCAACCACGUUCUCGCCGUGACGGUGAGCUAUUACGAGGCCACCGAGACUUCGGGCAAGACGCGCACGUUCCGGAAGCUGUACCAGUUCAUCUGCAAGUCCUCGCUCAUCGUGCGCACAAAGAUUGGCCCGCUCGGCCGCGCGAAACACGGCGGCGGGCGGCGGUGGGUUAUGGAGGCGCAGCUCGAGAAUUGCUCAGAGGACGUCAUACAGCUCGAGAAGGUGGUGCUGGACCUCGCCGACGGUCUGGGCUACACGGACUGUAACUGGGAGACGGGCGGCGGCGGUGCGCGGCCGGUGCUGCACCCGGGAGAGGUCGAGCAGGUGUGCUUCGUGGUGGAGGAGGCGGAGGGGAAUAGGGCCCAGCCAGGCGAAGACGGCAGGAUCAUGUUCGGGGUUCUCGGCAUCGGGUGGAGGGGCGAGAUGGGGAAUAGGGGCUUCCUCUCCACGGGCAAGCUGGGCACGCGACACGUGGCGUGA